CCAAGGAACCAGUUUAUACUCUCCUCUCCUGUUUCCAUGCGUUCUAUCAUUCUGUGCUUCAUCUCUAAAAUAUUAUGGACUCUGUGGAACAUCUAAGCCCUUAUAUGUUCAGGUACAAAAGCACAAUCUUUGCAACGAGGGAAGGGUUGACUCUCGAAGACAUUCAUGGUUUCCAGCAUUUGGAGGUCCGGCCUACAGAUAUCUGUCUGUGUACAUUCCCAAAAUCAGGUACAAUGUGGAUGCAGGAGAUUCUCGUCCAGAUUGUGAAUGCUGCUUAUCCCAACCAGGUGGAAGAUGUCAGCAACAGGAUGCGUGUUCCCUGGCUAGAGGGCAUGUCCUUUAACAACGUUUUUCGAGAAAGCCACGAUCCUCGCAUGUUUCGCACACACGUCUUUCCUGACUUGUUGCCUAAAGAUGUGAAAGCAAAGAAAAUCAAGGUUGUGUAUGUGAUGAGGAAUCCCAAGGAUGUCCUGGUGUCCUUAUACCACUUUACCCAGAGUUGGAUCCAACUCGAAUCAGUGAAGACCUUUGGGGAUAUCUUUUGGGACUUCUUGGAAGACAACGCUCCUGGCGGAUCAUGGUUUGACCAUGUCCUACACUUUCAUAGAGAAAAAGACCAGAUGGACAUACAUUUCAUAAAAUAUGAAGAUAUGUUGAUGGACCUCAGGGGAGAGGUUGUGAAGCUUUGUGCUUUUCUGGGAAAAGAUCUGACUGAUGAAGCCAUUGAUCAUGUGGUGGAGAUGUCCACCUUUAAAAACAUGAAGACAAAUCCCAAAGCAAACUACAAGGAUUUACUUGAAGCCGACAAGUACAGGAAGCCAACCAUGCGCAAAGGUGAGGCUGGUGACUGGAAGAAUUACUUCACAGUGGCACAAAAUGAACACUUUGAUAAAGUGUUCAAAGAGAGGAUGGGCGAAUUCCCAUUGAGCUUCACCUGGGAUCUCCAACAAUGACUACGGACUGUUUAUCAUUAAUCACUCCUGAUAAGCCUGUCUGGUAAAAGUAGCUGGUAUCUAUGAUUAAAAGUCCCAGUUUAUGUUUUUGUAAACAAAUGCCAUUUUUUGCCUGCAAUCAUUAAUUUCCAUUUCACCAUAUUAAUAUGUUGGUAACAUUUGCUGCAAAUACUGUGGCACCCCUCAACUUCCUGACUUCCUGUUGCGGCUGUCUUUCCAUAUUUGGAAGAAUAAAAAGUACAUGACACCUGUGAUUGCUACUGCUCCUAUAUAAGCUGGGGGACCCAGACACUUAUGUACACACAUAAUGAAAAUAAAUGAUUCUUGAAUCUUGAA